AUGACGUCGGGAAGGAGUUUUUGCCGUUGUAUUGGCUGGCCGCCAAUGAUGCUGGAUCCAGAACAGCCCUCUGAGUGUGAACUGGGUCAGCGAGGGCCCCCAGCCAAAGUGGGGGGGGGGAUGCUCCUCCCGGCCAGCAUGAAGCACAUGGGAAAAGCCCCGCUGGAUCAGGCCCGGGUGGGGCCCUCUAGUCCUGCAUCCAGUCUCACACAGAGGCCGAGGCUUCCCCCGACCUGGCCCCCUGGCACUGGGGUUCAGAGGUUGACUGCCUCUGACGGCGGAGGUUCCCUCUCCGCCCUCAACCUGCCCCUUCUCCUUUUCAGGCCGCCUCCCUCUGUGGCCCCUGCCGCCGCCUGUGCCGCAUUGCCCGAGGCAGAGCCGGGGGGGCAUCCAAGAAGACCCCCCCCCGGGGACGGAAGGCGGGUGCUGCGGCGCUGUUGGGAGCUUUACGCAGAGCACGGGGGGGGGAAGGGAGGGGGGUCGCGCCCUACGGAGCCCCGCCUCGUUGGGCAGGGCCCCCCGCUGCCCUUCUGCCCUAGGGCCGCCCCUCCGCUUCCUCGGCCCUGGCCGGCCGGCCUGCCUGCGGCUCUUGGCCCUGCUCUCUCGCCCGCCGGGAGGGGCACAGAGGCCGCCCCUCCCCGCAGCGGGCUGGCGGCGCAGGCGGCUCCGGGAGGUUGGCCGUGGCCACGCCGCGCGCGGCCGAGGGAGGGAGGGAGGGAGGGAGGCUGCGGGCCGGAGCCUCCGCCGCGCGCCAUGAACCGCUCGAAGGGCUCUCGGUGGGCUGCGCGAGGGCUGCGCGCCCUCCCCAAUGGCGAGCCCAGCGGCAGCUUGGAUGACGACGACGACGACGAGCCCCUGUACGCGCCGGGCCGCGACGGGCCCGGCCCCGGCGGACCCAACGUCUUCCGAGACGGGCACACCAAGAUCGACUUCGUGCUGGCGUGGGAGGAGAAGGCGCGUCCCGCCCCGCCCGGGGGCCCGAGCAGGAGCCGCGCCCCGCCCCGCCCGCCCCCGGCCGCGCGCCGCCAGCGCUGGCGGACCACCUUCCUCCGCCGCCUGCGCGCCGCCGGCCUCCGCCUGGAGCAGGAGGAGACGGCGAGCGAGCGCCGCCGCAUCGGCUACGUGAAGCUGAGCGCGCCCUGGGCCCUGCUGCUCUCCUACGCCGAGGAGCUCAGCCUGCGCGCCCCGCUGCAGGCCCACCCCAACCCGGACAGCAACAGCUCCGACGCCCUGCUCCGUAAGCUGCGCCUGCCCAACCCCCUGGCCCAGCGCGUCCCCAACAAGCCCCUGGACUUCUGCACCUGCACCUUCCGCAAGUCCAAGCUGGACAGGUUUCUGGGCAGCGACUCCCCGGACUCCUACUUCAGCAACACCCAAAGGCAUCGCAUUGUGUAUGAGAUCUUGGCCCGGACGGUCUACGGGAAGAGGAAGCGGGCCGAAGUCGGUGUGGAGCGGCUGCUGAACGAGGGUGUAUUUUCAGCAGCCUUCCCCUUGCACGAGGGCCCUUUUGAACUGCCCGAGUACGAGGUGCCCGGAGAAGAGCUGAACCCCCGGCAGAUUCUGUACCGCUUCUGGGCACAGUGGAGCUGCUGGUACAAGUACCAGCCUUUGGACCACAUCCGCGAGUAUUUCGGAGAGAAGGUGGCCAUCUACUUCGCCUGGCUGGGCUUCUACACUGCCUGGCUCCUCCCCGCUGCGGCCGUGGGCACCUUCGUCUUCCUGGCUGGCAUCUUUGCCAUGGGAACAAACACGCCAGCGCAAGAGAUCUGCAACAGCGGGGGUCAGUUCCUCAUGUGCCCUUUGUGCGACACCUGUGGCAACUGGAACAUCUCUGAGAUCUGCUCCAUGGCAAAGGUCGGCUACCUCUUUGACCACCCGGGGACCGUCUUCUUCAGCAUCUUCAUGUCCUUCUGGGCCGUGACCUUCCUGGAGUACUGGAAGCGGAAGAACGCCACCCUGGCCCACCACUGGGACUGUCUGGACUUCCAGGAGGAAGAGGAACGGCCCCGGCCAGAGUUUGCCGCCAUGGCGCCUUGCAUGGAGCAGAACCCCAUCACUGGGGUGAAGGAGCCCUACUUCCCGGAGCGGGACCGCCUGUCACGCAUCCUCACCGGGUCCAUGGCCCUCAUUCUCAUGCUCUGUGUGGUGAUGAUCUUCCUAGUGUCAGUGAUCAUGUAUCGUGGGAUCGUCAGCGCAAUGAUGUACCGCACGGGAAACUCGCUCUUGGUGAGCCAGGCCGGGAACAUCGCCAACCUCAGCAGCUGCAUGGUCAACUUGGCCCUCAUCCUGCUCCUGAGCCAGGUCUACACCUCUCUGGCUGACCAGCUGACCAGAUGGGAAAUGCACCGGACACAGACGCAGCACGAGGACGCCUUCACCUUCAAGGUGUUCAUUUUCCAGUUUGUGAAUUUCUACUCCUCCCCCUUCUACGUGGCCUUCUUCAAAGGCAGGUUUGUGCGGUAUCCAGGUCAAUACGGCAAACUCCUGGGCAUGCGGAAUGAAGAUUGCGGUCCCGGCGGCUGCCUGAUCGAGCUAGCCCAGCAGCUCUUUGUCAUCAUGGUUGGGAAGCAAAUUGUCAGCAACAUCCAGGAGUUCCUGAUCCCCAAGCUGAAGUCCUGGCACCAGAAGCGGAAGUUGGCCCGUGUGCGGGGCACCCAGAUCGGCCAGGAGCCCAAGCGCUGGGAAGAGGACUUUGAGCUCAUCGAAUGCGAAGGCCUCUUUGAGGAGUACCUCGAGAUGGUUCUGCAGUUUGGCUUCAUCACCAUCUUUGUGGCUGCCUUCCCCCUGGCUCCGCUCUUUGCACUGCUCAACAACUGGGUAGAGAUCCGGCUGGAUGCUCAGAAGUUUGUGUGUGAAUAUCGGCGCCCAGUGGCUGAGCGCGCCCAGGGCAUCAGCGUCUGGUUCUUUCUCCUGGAUGUCCUGGCACAAGUCUCGGUCGUUGUCAACGCCUUCCUCAUAGCCUUCACCUCGGACUUCCUGCCGCGCCUCCUGUACCAGUACGAGUAUGACAGCCACCUCCGGGGCUACCUGAACUUCAGCCUGGCUUACUCACCUCCCAGUUAUGUGGACAGCAACCACACCCUGUGCAGGUACAAGGCUUUCCGAGACCCCAGCGGCAGCUACACCCUCUUCUACUGGAAGCUCUUAGCCAUCCGCCUGGGCUUCAUCAUCACCUUUGAGCACGCUGUCUUCUUCUGCUUGCGCCUGAUUGACUGGCUGGUGCCGGACGUCCCGAAGUCCCUGGAGGUGAAGAUCAAGCGCGAGAGAUACUUGGCCAAGCAGGCCUUGGCCGACAACCAGGCUGCGCUGCUGACGGUGAGUCCGGACUCCUCGGCCUCCCCAGCAAGCAGCCUUCUACCCAGCAGCCUGACCUAUUAA